UAAGUUCAGUCUUUUUUCAUUCUUAUUAGACUUCACAUAUUUGCGGGCGUCGUUGUUUCUGAUCAGAAAAUAAACAAACGGAUGAGAUGACGCAUUGACAAAAGAAAUAUAAAAACAAUUUUAACCGUGGAAAAUAGAACAAUUUUCAGUAAAGACACGAAUAUGGUGGAGCAGUGAGAAAAUAGAAGUAAAAGAAAAAUAAUUGGCCAAAGCAGCAGCUUUCUCCUGCUUAAACCAAAUUACAUGCCAAAUUAAAAUUGUUACUGUGCAUUGCAAGCUUAACCCAGCUGUUCGUGUUGUUGUCUUCGGUUGUUUGUGUAUGUUUGUGAAUUAUUAAUCAGCCAAAAAUUAAAACAAAAAGAAACAGCAUCAUUCGCGAUAUCUGGUAUCCAAAUAAAAAAGUGGUGACGGCAGCGUCAACAGACCUACUGUUGUCGUCAUCUACAAAAGCUAUUGUAUUGUAAAUUUGCAUUAGUGGGCGUCUUGUUUUUAUUAAAAAAGGGAAAAAGUCAGCCACCGAUACUUUACUUGAAACUACUUCGAUCUGGUUCAGUGCAGGCAGCGGUUGUCGAGAUCCAACUGUCCGGCGGCGGCCUUUGUUAUUGUAUGAUUGUAAAACAAAAGCAGAACAAUGAAUUCACAGACCAGUAUAAAUGGUGAUCCAGAAACGGCACCUAUUGCUGCUCCUCGAACAGCCGGAAGGGCAUCAUCGAUGAUGCGUUCAUUUGGAACACUUUUCGGUUCGAAUAAUAGUGUUGAACGCAGACCACCCUCACAGAAUGCCAACGAACAUGGCUAUGUGGAAUUCGGCAUGCAAGAUCCCGACCGAAGUGGUCGAACGCUGGGUACAUUCGCUGGCGUAUUUAGCCCUGUAGCUUUAUCUAUGUUUAGUGCUUUGGUAUUUAUUCGUGUCGGUUUUAUUGUGGGCAACGCCGGUUUAUAUGUAACACUUUUGCAAUUUGUAAUCGCCUACAUUAUAUUACUCUUCACAGUGGCUUCUGUGUGCGCAAUUUCCACUAAUGGCGCCAUUGAAGGCGGAGGUGUAUAUUUUAUGAUAAGUCGAACGUUGGGCCUGGAAUUUGGUGGUUCAAUUGGUACAUUGUUCUUUUUGGCCAAUGUUGUUGGUUGUGCUAUGGCCAUAUCGGGUUGUGUUGAAGGUAUCAUGAAUAACUUUGGACCCGGUGGCUAUUUUUCUGGAGCCGAGGGAUUUUUACCAGAUGGAUCAUGGUGGCGUUUCCUAUUUUGUACUCUAAUAAAUACCUCAAUGCUGUUGGUAUGCCUUAUCGGAGCUUCGCUUUUUGCAAAAACCUCGGUAUUAAUUUUGGGCAUUGUCACAGUGUGUUUGUUGGCUACAUACAUAAGCUUUUUGGCUGAAGGUCCAAAAUUGGUUCCUACUCCAGAUGAAAAUACAAUACUACCGAACACAACUCAACUAAUAUACACUGGCCUAAAUACUACAACUUUAACCAAUAAUUUAGGUGAAAGUUAUACCCAGGAUUAUACGUCAAAGGGAAAAAUGGUGGAUUUUGCAACAACUUUCGGUGUAUUGUUUGCUGGUGUUACUGGUAUUAUGGCUGGAGCCAAUAUGUCAGGUGAACUAAAGAGUCCAUCGAAAAGCAUUCCGUUGGGAACAUUGUCGGCUGUGGCAUUUACAUUUGUCUCUUAUGUAAUCUUAUCGUUCUUAAUGGCUUUCACCACUCCCCACGAAACCAUGCAAAACAAUUAUCUCUUUUUGCUGUAUGUCAACUUUUGGCCCCCCUUCACAGCUAUUGGCAUAUUGACGGCCACAUUUUCGACAGGCCUGAGUAAUUUAAUAGGUUCCAGUCGUAUUUUGGAGGCAUUAUCAAAAGAUCAAGUGUUUGGUUCAUUUUUGAAUUUCAUUCUGAAGGGAACAUGGAAAGGAAAUCCUAUUGCUGCUGUAGUGUCCAGUUGGGUGUUGGUAGAAUGUAUUUUGUUGAUUGGAUCAUUGAAUAUGAUUGCCCAAAUCAAUUCAGUGUUGUUCAUGUUGUCAUAUUUAGCCACCAACUUAGCUUGCUUGGGCAUUGAAUUAACGGGAGCACCCAAUUUCCGACCAUUGUUUAAAUAUUUCUCUUGGCACACAUGUCUGUUCGGCUUGAUUGGUACACUGGUGAUGAUGUUUGUUAUCAAUCCCAUAUAUGCUUCAUCAAGUAUUAUUUUGUGUUUGCUGUUGGUUAUUGCUCUGCAUCUCUUUUCGCCAGCCACACAAUCGGCUCAAUGGGGCUCAAUUUCGCAAGCUCUAAUGUUCCAUCAGGUCCGUAAAUAUUUGCUAAUGUUAGAUCCACGUAAGGAUCAUGUGAAAUUUUGGCGUCCACAAAUGUUAUUGCUGGUAUCCUCGCCGCGUUCCAGUUGUCCUUUGGUAGACUUUGUCAAUGAUAUGAAGAAAAGUGGCUUAUAUAUCAUUGGACACGUACGCGUGGGUAAUCACACCGAUCUGGAUGAUGCAACCAUAGAAGAUAAUAAACAGUGGCUAUCGUUUGUCGAUCAUAUGCGUGUUAAGGCUUUUGCCGAAACUACUCUGGCCAAUUCGGUGCGUGAAGGAGUGCAACAUUUGAUACGUCUAUCCGGCAUUGGUGCCAUGAAGCCAAACACCAUAGUACUGGGCUUCUAUGAUAACGAAGCACCCAAAGAUUUCUUUCAAUCAUCAACAUCUCCCUAUAAAACAGAUGGCUUCAACACGGGUGAUAUGCAAAAUUUCCCCAUAAGACGUGAUGGUGAAGAAAAGCAUAUUGACGUUACGGAAUAUGUGGAAAUCAUUAGUGAUAUUUUGCGAAUGAAGAAAAAUCUAUGCUUGUGCAGACAUUUCCAUCGCCUGGAUAAACAUUUUAUAUCAAAGAGCAAACAUGUCAAAUAUAUUGAUGUAUGGCCAAUUAAUGUGUUCGAUCCUAAAACUGAAAAUCCUUUCGAUGUUGUAUCACUGUUUAUGAUGCAAUUGGCUGUUAUUAUGUUGGCCAAAUGGAAACAUUUGACAUUACGUGUAUUUUUGUGUGAAACCAAUGAUACAAAUUCAACGGCACAAUUUGAUACUCAGGAUCCAAACCUGCCACAAAUGGAAAUAUUCUCACGCAUGAAAUUGGAACAAACGCUAAAAUCACUGAGAAUUAAUGCCCAGAUAAUGGAGAUUCAAGAAUGGGCACGUGAUACUGAAUUUACUCGACAUUCUCGUAUAUUGAAGCAAUUUACACAAUCAGCUGAAGCCACAGAAGGAAGUGUUACAGAAGAUAAUCUCAAUCGUUCAUUGUUGUAUAUGCAAAGAGCAAAUCAAAUUAUACGGGAACGUUCCGAUCAAACAGCUUUAUCGUUUAUAUAUUUAGCUGCCCCACCACCAAUUGAUUCUCCGGAUUUCCGAGAAAUCAGUGCCCGUUAUAUGGAAUUGUUGACAGAACUAACAGCUGAAUUGCCGCCUACCAUUUUAGUGCAUGGUGUCAGUACGGUAACAUCAACAACCCUGUAAAUGUUUUAUAGACGAAUGUUUAGGAGUGGCAAUUGCAAACGAACUAUUUAUAUAUAAAAAAUUAAAGAAUAAUUAUUUUCCUUUUAAUUUAAUAUAAAUAUCUUCGCUGAAACAACAAAGAAACAAAUGUAAAGAAUAUCAUGUUUAAAAUGUUUGUAUUGGUAUUAAACAAAAGUCAGCAUUUUUAUUAUUACUAUUAUCUACACAAACAUAUAUCAAAUAUUAUUGUAUAUUUAUUAAUAUUUACACCAAUGUUUUAAUUUAGGAAAAAACAAUCGUUUUGCAACACUACACCACCAUAUGUUUAAGUAGAACAUUUUAUUUUUGAUCUAUUUUUUUUUUAUAAUUUGUUAACAGAUAUCAUAUUUAUAGUAGUAUAUACAUAUUUCACAUAUUAUUGAUAAUCAUAUCACAAAAAAUAAACAAAUAAAAGAAAUCUUCCCAACAAAAACCACAAAUAUAUACAAAACUCCAAUAAGUCUGCAAUGAUUUGAGAUUUCAACUUUUUAAUAUCAUCAUAUAUAUAUACAUUUAAGUAACAAUACAAAUUUGUGUUAUUGCGAAUGUGAACAAUUUAUUUUCUUUUUUUUUGUGUUGAAAACAUCAAUUAGUACGUUAGUAUGUGCCUGACCUAAAAGGAAAGCCAAAAGAUGCAACCAUUAAUGUUUUAUUUAUUCCAGUUGAUUAACACUAGAUUUAAAAAUAAACUGGCAACAUUCAUGACGUUAUUGUGUGACUGUUUUUUGUUUCUGUAAACACUCAAAACAUAAAUAAAAGAAUUAACAUGACAAAUCUAGUGUUCAUUCGACUGUUUGGUUUAUGAUUUUUGAAAAGCAUAUGUGAUUAUUACCUAUUUGUAUUUGUUGUUCACUUUGGCUUAUUAAAUGUGUUGUGAACUCAUUUUAAACACGCAAAAUAUCACUUUUUUUAGUUAUACUCGCAAAUGUUCAAAAUGUAAAAUUAAAUAUUCUGCAAUUGUUUGAAUUAAUGUGAUUUUGAACAUGAACAAUUCCUUAAAAAUAUAUAUGUGUAUCUUUCGUCUAAGACUAAGUUUCAUAUUACUUUAACGAAUUAACUUGAAAAAGAAAACAAUAAAAACAUUUUAGACAAAAUA